AUGAAGAUGAAUUUAGAUGAUAUUAUUGAGAGACUUUUAGUUCACCCGGCACAUAAUGAAGCUGCAGCUACAGCUUCUUUUGUAGGGAAUAAUGGGAAUCAUGAACAAAAUACGUAUACCCGUCAAUCACGUCUCUCAGCUUUUAAGAAUGCCCAGGCGAUGGAAGCAUCUCGUCAUUCGGGUGGUCGUAGUGCUCUGAAAGAGUUAACAGAGGCGGAGGUACGUUCUCUUGUGCUAGAAUCACGUUUACUUUUCAUGUCACAACCGAUGCUUAUUGAGAUUGAAGCCCCUGUGCGUAUUUGUGGGGAUGUUCAUGGACAAUAUAAUGAUCUUCUCCGCCUCUUUGACCUUGGUGGAUACCCAACGGAGAGCAAUUACCUUUUUCUUGGUGACUAUGUGGAUCGUGGGGAGCAGUCCCUUGAGACCAUCUGCCUUCUCCUUGCCUAUAAACUGCGCUUUCCCGAGAGCUUCUUCCUUCUCCGCGGGAACCACGAGUGCAGCAGCAUCAAUCGCAUCUACGGCUUCUUUGACGAGUGCAAGCGGCGCUACAGUGUGCGGCUGUGGAAGCAGUUCGCCGACACCUUCAACUGCAUGCCCGUCGCUGGCCUCGUCGCCGGCCGCAUUCUCUGCAUGCACGGCGGCCUCAGCCCGGAGCUGCAGGAUCUCGACCAAAUCCGCCGCCUGCUGCGGCCCACGGACGUCCCCGACGGCGGCCUCCUCUGCGAUCUUCUCUGGGCCGAUCCCGGCGACGGGGCGGGGUGGGGGGAGAACGACCGGGGCGUCUCGUUUACAUUCGGCCCAGACAUCGUCGCCGAGCAUCUCAGGAAGUUCGAUCUCGAUCUCAUCUGCAGAGCCCAUCAGGUAGUAGACGCGGGAUACGCCUUUUUUGCAGAUAGGCGCCUCGUCACAGUCUUCUCCGCGCCAAACUACUGUGGAGAGUUUGACAAUGCAGGGGCUUUUAUGUGCGUCGAUGAAAACCUCGUCUGCGGAUUUGUGCAAAUAGAACCAUUACAGUCUGUUUUACAGUACACUUUCUAG